AACAAUAUUAAAUUAAAAAAAAAUCUUAAAAUUUCAAUAAAUUAUUCCAAAAAGAAAAGUUUAAAAGAUAAAUAAUAGAUAGUUAAAUAGAUGUCAACUAGGGAUAGAAGAAGCGAAGAAAAAAUUAUUUAUUACCAACCAGCUCCUUAAACUGAAGAUUAGUAAGGAGGUGAUUUGUAGUAAAUUCUCUCUUUCAUUUUAGGUUUUGUUGGUAUUAUGAUGAAAUAAAAGAUCUGUUUAUGGGUAGCUUUAUUCAUGCUUCUUUCUAAUUUUGCUAAUAUCAAGCAAACCUCUGAUGUAAAGCAAAUGAUUAUUAAUGCAGGCAUUAUUGUUAUGGGUAUGGUCUCUCUUUACUAUUGGUAACCUAAAUUAGAAGAAUAAUAACUCUAAGCUUAAAUGGCUUAAUAAUAGUAAGGUGCUGCUGCUUCUGAGCCUGUUUUAGAAGAAAAGUUUGAAUAAUGA